AUAGUUAUCAUAAUUCUAGUUAUAUGAAUAAUGGAUCGAAAAAUGAUGAGUCCCACUAUCAUUUUAACUUGGAUGAUAAUGAUACUAACUAUGGUUGGAAUAAUCACAUUAAUAGUUGUAUUGACUCUUAUCUUCGUUCUCAAAUCUGUAUUGAUAGUUCCAUUUUAAGUGGUAGUGACAAUUCCAAUGAUAAUUAUAUUUAUAAUUACAUUUGCGGCGAAGGUGGAAAUAGUAGUGAAGGCAAGAAUUUCGAUAUAAUAACUCGUGAAAAUGGUAAUGAUUUAACUCUAAAAGAAAGUUCUAAUGAUCUCGAUCUAUACAAGGAUUUGUGGGUUCAAUGCGAAUGCGAAAAUUGUUAUGGAGUAAAUUAUAAGAAAUCGCUUAAUUCAAAAUGAAUAUUUGUGAACAAUGUGGAUAUCAUUUGAAAAUGAGGAGUUCAGAUAGAAUCGAACUUUCGAUUGAUCCAGGCACUUGGGGUCCUAUGGAUGAAGACAUGAUCUCUCUGGAUCCCAUUGAAUUUCAGUCUGAAGAAGAGCUUUAUAAAGAUCGUAUUGACUUUUAUCAAAGAAAGACAGGAUUAACUGAGGCUAUUCAAACAGGCACGGGUCAACUAAACGGUAUUCCUAUAGCAAUCGGGGUUAUGGAUUUUCAGUUUAUGGGGGGGAGUAUGGGAUCCGUAGUAGGCGAGAAAAUCACCCGUUUGAUCGAAUAUGCUACCAAUAAUUUUUUACCUCUUAUUCUAGUGUGUGCUUCCGGAGGAGCACGCAUGCAAGAAGGAAGUUUGAGCUUGAUGCAAAUGGCUAAAAUAUCUUCCGCUUUAUAUGAUUAUCAAUCAAAUAAAAAGUUAUUUUAUGUAUCAAUUCUUACAUCUCCUACUACUGGUGGAGUGACCGCGAGUUUUGGUAUGUUGGGGGAUAUCAUUAUUGCUGAACCCAAUGCCUAUAUUGCAUUUGCGGGUAAAAGAGUAAUUGAGCAAACAUUGAAUAAAACAAUACCGGAAGGUUCACAGGCGGCUGAAUAUUUAUUCCAUAAGGGUUUAUUCGAUCCAAUCGUACCACGUAAUCCUUUAAAAGGUGUUCUGAGUGAGUUAGUUCAGCUCCACGGUUUUUUUCCGUUGAAUCAAAAUUCAAUCAAGUAGAGUCUUAAGUGAAAUUUUUUGAUUUGUAGUGAAAAGGUAGUUAGUUAGUUUAUCAGAAUCAAAGUCAAAGCCCAUUACGCGGGCUUUGACUUUGUGACAAAAAAAGGAA